CGCCUCGCUAAAGAAGCAGAGAGGUACCAAUCAUCACAUCAGUGGAGAGAUGAGUUUGGGAAUAAUGAUAUAAUCUAUUACAAUGCAAAAGAUGAUCAGAAUGAUCCUGAAAAGAAUGACACUGAAUCUGGCAGCCAGAGAAUCAGACCAGUAUUUGAAGAAGAUCCUGUUUUCCGUCGGCAAACAUCUUACCAACAUGCAGCAGUCCACAUACCAACAGAUAUUUAUGAAGGCUCAACAAUAGUGUUAAAUGAACUCAACUGGACUGCAGCAUUGGAUGAUGUAUUCAAGCGGAACAGAGAAGAAGACCCCACUUUACUAUGGCAGGUCUUUGGUAGUGCAACUGGCCUUGCUAGGUAUUACCCAGCUUCCCCAUGGGUAGAUAAAAGUCGGACUCCAAACAAAAUAGAUCUGUAUGAUGUUCGCAGAAGACCAUGGUAUAUCCAAGGAGCUGCAUCUCCCAAAGACAUGCUUAUUUUAGUUGAUGCGAGUGGGAGUGUCAGUGGAUUGACACUGAAGCUGAUCCGCACCUCAGUCAUUGAGAUGUUAGAGACCUUGUCUGACGAUGACUUUGUGAAUGUGGUUUCAUUUAACAAUAACGCUCAGAAUGUCAGUUGCUUUAAUCAUCUUGUCCAAGCGAAUGUGAGGAACAAGAAGAAGUUGAAAGAAGCUGUCUAUAAAAUCUCUGCUAAGGGAAUUACAGAUUACAAAAAAGGCUUUAGCUAUGCUUUUGAACAGCUGCUAAAUCACAGUGUCUCUAGAGCUAACUGCAAUAAGAUUAUUAUGUUGUUUACGGAUGGUGGUGAAGAAAGAGCACAAGAAAUUUUCCAUAAAUAUAAUGAAGACAAAAAAGUACGUGUGUUCACAUUUUCUGUUGGUCAACAUAAUUAUGACAAAGGACCCAUACAGUGGAUGGCCUGUGAAAAUAAAG